UCUCAGGAGAUGGGUCAUUUCUGGACUUUCCUCACCUCCCUCAACUCCCUUGCAGGGCCGACGCUCAUGCUUCUGUACCCACUAUACGCCUCCGUUUGCGCGAUCGAGAGCCCUUCGAAGCUGGACGACGAGCAGUGGCUGGCGUACUGGAUCUUGUACUCCUUCCUUACUCUCACGGAGAUGGUGGCUGAGCCCAUCUUGUCUUGGAUUCCCGUGUGGCACCAAAUCAAGGUGGCUUUUGUGGCAUGGCUGGUGCUUCCACAGUUCAGGGGUGCAUCCUUCAUCUACGAGAGGUUUGUGAGGGAGCAGCUCAGGAAGCAUGGGGUUAAGCUGAUGGGAUCUCAUCCUUCUCCGAAGAAGAUGGAAGAGGAGGCGCACUGAAAGAGGCCGCAGGACUCAAAGUCUCGUUGUGUGAGAGAGAGAGAGAGAGAGAGAACGCUCGUGCUGUUACUUCUACUACACUUAAACACACUCCAAUGUAA